AUGAAAUUUUAUUUGGCUGCUUGUAGAAACCGAGAGGAAUUCCCUGCUGACCGUUUAGUUGAGUACAAAGCAAGCCAGCCAGGAGGUUCAUUAAAUGUCAUUGACUUAGCUGGUUAUAUUAUUGACAAUAAGAUUGCGGACAUUCUCACUUUGCAACAGUUAAUAAUGGAAAGAUGCGAGAUUGAAGACGAUGUAUGGCAAUAG